GUUGAAUUUUUAGCUGAAAUUUGAUAUGAGUAAACUAGACUUAAUGAAUAAGAUGCUGAAAAAAUGUCAUCAAAGAAUUCUACCGGGAACCACCCUAAAUAGCGAUGGCCGGACAGAGCCUCUUAUAUAAGGAUGAUUUGCACUUUUUAUAUAACUUCGAGGGCCUAUUUGAAAGUUCUCCCGAAAGGCUUUUAGAUUAUAGGUAAAAGGGCAGAGGAUUUUAGAGGAAAGCCGGCCAGGUAUAGGAUUUGAGUACUAGAUCGUGCUGUGUAGUUCCUUUUUUUUAAUCAAAAGCUGAGUAGUUCCUAAGAACAUAUGUUUGUUAAUUUAAUACAAAAAACAUAACAGAUAACAUUCUUAAUCCUAAUUUAAUGAACUAGUCUUAUUUCGAAUUCAUAUCUUUUCUAAGGGAUGAUUCAUUUUCUCUCUCUAGGGUUGCCGCAAGGCAAGCCGCUAGUUUCGAUUGUCUGCUAUCGGCUUACGCCGAGGAGCGGGGCUGGUUUCCGGCCAUCCGUUUUUAAUUUCGGCAUAGAGGAUUCGGAAGGGGAGGCGACAAAGGAGGCAAGUGAAGUUUCUGGUUCGGACCGGCAGUUUUGUGGUGUUUUGAUGGAAGAACCGAGGAGACGUAACAGUGCACAGAGCGACAAAGGGCUGAUCAAGGAAGAAUACAGAUCGGCGGUUCGUCCCCCUCCUGAACCGCCGCCUUGGAUUGAUCGAGAAGUCGGGGUUUUGAAGAUGAUUUUUCAAGAGAACAGUCAGAAAGAAGUUUGAAAUAUUUGUCAGUUAUUCUAUUUUUUACGGUCUUAUUUUCGUGUUAUGUUUGUUUACGGCGUUUCGUUUUUUGUUGAGAACUUUAGUUUUAGGUCUACAGUAAUGAUUGUCAAUUCUGCUAGAUAUUAUGUCAUUAGAAGGAUCUAUAUGACCAGUGAUUGCUGUGUCACACCCACUUGGUGGUUAGCGAUUCGUAUUGCUCUUUCAGGGGUGAUCGUCUCAGAGUCUAGCCGUAGGGUUGAUUAUGAUUGUUGGUUAAAAAUUGUUUUUGUCAGGGUUGGUCUUUUUGAGGUUGUUGUAACGAUCGUUUGC